AUGAGCAAUAGUUAUAGUCUGCAACACUACCUACAUCCCCAACAGCUACUUCGUGCACCGAAGCUAGCUACGUUUGCUGCAUCUAACAAUAUUCCACGCUACUUUAACAAAAAGCUCAGAACUCUACUCCCGUUUCUACUAUUGAUUCUUUGCUUAUACAAAUCCAUCUCGAUUUUCCUCACUACUGAAAUUAGACAAGUAGAACUCGAGGCACAUGCAUUAGAGUACUUCAAGAGCACUCCAUUUAACCCCAAAAAUAUUGCAUUAGACUUGUACAACUAUGUUAUUGAACAACAACAUUCGCUAGACUCAAAGAUUGGUGAUUCCAACGGCAUCUACUUCCACUGGGAUGAUUGGGUCGAUUUGUCAACAUCAAAAAACUUGUUGGAUCAAGCAAGAUUAGAUUUUCCAUCAGAUGGUUAUUGCGAACCCCCGUUAGUCAAGUUUGGAUCCGUCAGUGGCCACAGGUUGGAAGGGUAUGAAACGAAAAUACAGCGUGGUGCAGUAAACCUUUAUUGCUCGCAUCCUAUACCUCAACGUGUCGUGGUGACAACCGAUGACUCGUUGAUUGAGGUUCCAGUCAUAGGUAAAAAGAGGUUUGGUAGCCAUAAAGCUGACCCCGUCAAGUCAGAGCAAUUGGUCAACAAGAUGAAACAGUUGCAAACAACAAACACACACUAUGCAAGAAAGCCAAUUGUUAGUUUACAAAAACAGGUUGCCAUUAACUCAGAUGACUUCAUUUUCAAACCCGAUGUCGAGAUUUUUACCCUACAGGAGAAAUUGAAUAAUCGAACCAUUACUCCCAAAGAGUUGGAAUAUCUCGAAUUCCUCGAAUACUCAAACAACCACUUAGUCGACCACACCGAUCGCUAUUUCAAAUAUGCAUGGAUAUAUAGUGAUGUAUUGCAAGGGAAGUCACAUCAUAUUGCUUACCCAUUUUUCAAAAGAUAUAUUGGUGAUCGUGAACGACAAAGCGUUAUGCAUCAUAUAGUACGAGCUUGGUUUCAAUUUGCCGAAGUUAAUGGAUUCGCUAGCUGGAUUAACCAUGGGUCCUUAAUAGGUUGGACCUUUAAUGGAUUAAAUAUGCCCUGGGAUACUGAUAUCGAUGUUCAAAUGCCAAUUGCGCAAGUCGACAGAUUAGGUCGCGAGUACAAUCGCACGUUAGUGUUGGAGAAUCCGCGAUAUGGUAAUGCCCGAUACUGGUUGGAAGUGUCGCCCACAUACAUUCGUCAAGGUAAUAGCAAGAACCAUAUUGACGCUCGAUUUAUUGACAUACAAAGUGGGUUGUACAUUGACAUUUCGGCAUUGUCACAUACUGAAGAUGCUCCACCAACUAAAGAUGGCCGAUUUCCUGAUAAUUUGAGCACUAUGGCGGUCCAUUGCAAGAACUGGAACUGGAACUCAUUGGACGAAUUGUUACCUAUUAGGCAUUCGUACUUUGAAGGUGCAUCCACUUACAUUCCCAAUAAGGUAGUAGAGCCAAUGACUUUCGAGUAUGGUGCCGACGCUUUAACUAACCCCCAUUUUCAUAAUCACAACUAUCAACCCGAUAUUAGCCUUUGGGUUGACGAUCGAGUGUGCACUGACCCACCCGUGAGAUCCAAAUCGCGAUUCAACAAGAAUCUUCAAUUGACUAAAGAAGGUGCAUGUAAUUCAAAAGUUUUGCAAGAUGAAUAUAAUAUUGCCAGGGAGUGUACACAGCGUCAUCAUGAACUAAACCAAGACUUGGACCUGUCUAAGCCAUAUGACAUUGCAUCCAUGGGUGAUUUGCCAAUCUUCAGAAAAGAUGCAUGGGAUUAUUAUCACGACCUUAAUGAGCAUCAGGUAAGUAAUGAUAACUGGUAUGUACGCAAGGAGAUAGUCAAGCCAGGGCUGUAA